UUUUCAAUGUCGUCCGCAACGUUCACGGUCCGUUUUUCUUUAUUUUUUUACCGAAGCAAAUGUUUUGUUAAAUGCAUUGUUCAAUAAACAAUUAAACACACGAUCCCGCUGAUAAAAGACGACCGUAGUGCGUAACAGUACUAAAAUUAAAUGCAGAGUGUACAAGACGUGGUUAUCGAUUUGAUUUUGACGCAGUUCGCUGACAACACAAAUGAUAGAGUUUCAUAAACCUCGAGCUUAAAUUCGGUUGAUGGGACAUUUGAACGAGCACCAAGUGUUCAAAAAAUGUUAUCAUACGAAAUAAUCAAUCAAGAAGAUACUGCCAUAAUAAGAGAAGUCUACGACAAUGAUAACUCGCAAGAAAUGUUUGAGCAGGAACUGGACAAUGCCCUAGAGGCUGGCUACAAGUAUAUUAUUAUCGAGCCAACUCAGCUGGCUGAUGAAACUGUGAGAUGGAUUACUGUUGGCAAUUUUCUUUCCCAAACGGCUAUCAUAUCUAGUGCAUUGUCUGCAGGAACAGCUUAUUUUUGGACUUCAAAGCCGUUURUAUAUGGCCCUUUGUGUAUGGCUUCAUUUGUCUGCACUGGACUGUACAUGAUUUCGUGGCAGUUUGAUCCAUGCUGCAAGUAUCAGGUGCACAAGGAUCCAAGAUUGAAAUCGCUCCAAAAAGAAGACAACACUCCAUCAUUGCCAGUGGUUAUAGAACGUGGUAGCGAUACCAAGAGGAAAAUUUUACACACAUCAUUAACAGUUGUAUCAACUGCAUAUUGUAUUUGGAAGCUGUACGAAUAUUGCAAAUAAUCUUUCAAAUAGAGAUCAAAUUUUUAUGGGAACGUGAUGGUUCAAGAACAGUCAGCACAUUUUAAAAUUAUAUUUUAUAUAUGUACACUUGAUUUUAUUUAAUUUACCUACCAACUUAUGAUUGUAUGUACUUGAUAAUUCACGCCAGUGACUUGACUAAGAGGUUUUCUUCUCAGGUGUAGAGUAUAUAAGCAUGUUAAUCAUAUAUUCUAUAUAAAUUUCAUCUUUUAAUGAA